AUAUCAGAUGAGGUUGCGAUGACGUCAUCGUGAUGAGAAAAAAUAUAUGUAUAUAUAUAACAGCCAUAGCCACCUACAAUUUUUUUCACCCUCCAUAUUUAAUUGUCUAUAAGAAUUGUAGCCAUUAAAAGUGAAUAUUGUAAUUAAUUUACAAUAUCCUAAGUGAAAAACUUGUUUUUAUUAAGUGAUCAGUUUGGUAGAAGUUCUGUUUGUUAUAACUCACUUCUGGAUAUAAUUUAAUAAUAAAAUAUUUUAAUCAGUCCGUAAUUCGAUAGUUAAAAUUCAGAAAUACAAUACUCGUAUUGAGAAAGUUCCUCGAAGUAGUUAAAAGUACCAAGGGAACAACAAAAACUGAUUAACAAAAGAGUAUUGUCCUCUAAUUUAUUACAAUACCUUAAGUUUUUUGAACCUGAACUGUUACCAGUAAGUUAAAAAUAUAAAAUUAAUGAGCCUUCAUUGAACACGAUUACAAUGAUAAUAAUUCAUCAAAAUUGUGCAUUAUAACUAAUCUUUAACCUAAUUAAUGUUAUAAUGUUGUGUUAACGGUUUUUUUGUACGCUCAAGGUUAAAAUUUGACACUCGGGGGGGAAUGGGCACCGGCGCGUCAUAACGCGCGUCGUCCUGACAGACUGCGCACGCAUGUUGCGGCAAAGUUUACUUGAUGUUAAAUUAUGUAAACAAUACAGCGAUCUGGUUUAUAGUUAAAAAAAUAUAACUGUCAUGUGUAUCGUGUGUGAGUUAUUUGCGAACGAUGUCGUAUAACGUUGUUUCAGUGUUACGGCGUCCACGAUUCGGCGAGCGCGCGUUAAAAUAAAAAUGCAUUUAUUAUACCGCGGCCGUACUGUGAACGGUUUUGUGUAAGACGGAUUGUUUUUAGUGAAAACUGUUGUGUUAUAAAUAGUUGUGUGAUGCCCACGCGGUACUAAACUAUAUGCUCAUACCGCUAUGUUGUAUUAGAUUGUUUUCGUGUCCGAAGCCCUACGAGAUUGCAGCCGUAACGCCCCUCGACUAUUAAAUUCCACACGCGUGUAUUAUUUUAUUCAAUUCAAAAUGAUGUGGCCUUCAUCCCAAGCUAGUAAAAUAUUGACAUUACUACUUUUUAUAGUCGUGAUAUAUUGCUUAUACAUGGACACGUUUCUAUUUCUGAGGAUACAGAAUUACAAAUUGGACAUUUUCGAUCAAGUAGAUAAUUCAACUCAGGAGAGCUCGACUCGUACGUCGAGGACCCAGCUGAAUUACGAAGAUGUAGUCUGGAUUCCUUGCAGCGUGAAUCCAUUAUGCCAUCCGACUGUUAAAUCGUUGAUGGUAGACCACGUCAAUCACUACAUAUAUGGACCUCUGUGCUCGCUACUCGACAUAGGUUUGGGUAUAUCGGAAAGAAUUUUAUUUAUAACGCCCAAUAUGAUAUCUAUAUUCCAUGUGUUCAUAGCAUGUGUUGGAGCUAAGCUUUUGACCUGUCAGAGUUUAGUCGCAAGGAGAAUCGCGGUGGUACUGUUCCAGAUGAGAAUGUUUCUGGAUGAUUUGGACGGUCAUGUAGCGAGAGAGAGGAAACAUAUAAAGGGGGAGAGAUCCGAGGUAGGGACACUUGGUUAUUGGGUUGAUGGCCUGUGUGAUCUUCUAGGUGUCGUGGCUAUGAUGUUGGGGAUCUUGAUUUAUUUGAAGAAUAACCCCCCGCGUCGCGGUUACAAAGGCACGCCAGUGAGCACGCUGCCCUAUCACCAGUUGAAAGAGAUAAAUUCUAAUGAAGAUAUCGAGAAAGAGAAUGUUGAAAUCGGUAUAUCGUAUAAAACGAAGGUCACCUUCCAGAGGAUAGCUCAGGUUAUCGGCCUCUUUUCCGGCCAGAUGUUGCUGUCCUCGCUAGCCUGGAACAGAUAUAUAGAUCUGUAUCAGGACAUAUUAGAAAAUUCCACAGAAUACGAUGUAUUGAGACGGGAGAGUACUUUUCGCUCCGGUAUUUUCUUCUCAGCGACAUCUCUAUGGAGGAUAGUGAACCCUCACAGCUAUCUGCAUCUCCUGUCUCUGUCCGUGUUUUGCGAUAAGACCUGGCCAUUCCUAAGAACCGUCCAUUACGCUGGAUACGGCUGUUUGGUUAUAACGGUUGCCAUAUCAGAAUAUUUGGUACAAAAUAUAAGAACUUCCGUCAUAACCGGAAAUGACGUGUGAUUCGAUGUUUUUAUUAUAAUGGUAUGUUAAAAAUCAAGUGAUCGUUUUUAUUGAAAUGUUUAAUUAAUGUUUUUUCUUUAUAUAUAAUUUAUUUAUGAACUAAUUGAUGUGAUAUUUGAGCCUUAUUAUAAUAAUAGCGUGUUUAUUUGUUAAGUAUGUUAAAUCCGAUUUGACUGGAACGUUUGAUCAACAAAUAAGUGUAAGUGCCAAUCUUGUAAGUUAAAUAUUUUUAAAAUCUCUGCUAGUUUUUUGACUGAAAUGAAAUUAAGAAUAUCUUUUUCUAGUUUAUUAAGUCAUUCUUAUUUAAAUAAGCGACUGUUUACUUUGUGAUUCCAUGUUAGUUAGUGUUAUGUAUGGAAAUCUUUAAUUUCUCAGGGUAAUAUAUAUAUAUGAAUAUAUUUUUAUAUAUAUAUAAAUAUUAUUUUGAAAUCUGUUCCGUUAAUGAAUUAUAUGGGAAAUGUUAUAUGAAGUUGUUAUUGAUGAAGAAAUAUUCCUAUUCAUGCACAUAAAUAUUUUUGUAAUCUGUUAUCAAUAAAUCAUGGCAACGAAUUCUCAAAUCAAAACAUUGCAAUAUUUUUUUUUAUUUAUUAUAAAAAAAUGUUCCUCUGUGAAUAUAUAACAGAAAGAUAUUUGUUUAAAGAAUAAAAUAUUACUGU